CUUUCAAAGCAUUACCAUUACCACUACACUAUUUCUCUAAGAAAAUGGCAGCUGUGCAAGCAUUCACCCCUCUUGCUGACAUUAAGCCCUUCAAAACACCUUGGAAAAUUCAAGUUAAGAUUGUGCAUUCGUGGACACAAUACACUCAAUUCACAGGGGAAACAGUUGAAAUGGUUCUUGCUGAUACAGCUGGUACUUUGAUUCAUGCUACUGUUAAGAAGCCACAAGUGAGCAAACUCCAAAGGCUCAUAGUUUCUGGAGAAUGGCGUAUUAUCGAGCAUUUUACACUAACCAAAUCAACAGGAAAGUAUCGAGCCACGAAACAUGGUUUCAAGAUGUCCAUGAUGGAAAAAACUGUGAUAAGUCGCACUCCUGCUGUUUCUGAUGACAUUUAUUUGGAUCUGGCAAACUUUCCAGAUAUCCUGAAUGAAGCAGGAUUGAGUGAAAACAUCUUAAUUGAUGUACUUGGACAAGUUGUUAGUUUCAAUGAAAUGAAAAUUCAUGAUGUUAACAACAAGAUCACAAAGAGACUUGAGUGUGAACUCAGAGACACAAAUGAUGAAAGACUGAAAUGCACUCUUUGGGGGAGAUUUGUUGAGGCAAUGUAUAAUGCAUGUCAAAAUGCAGGGACUGAGAGAGUGAUUUGCUUGCUUCGGCUUGCAAAGAUCAACUCAUUUAAAGGUGAAAGAGCUGUUUCAAAUUCAUUUGAUAUGUCUCUAUUGGAAAUCAAUGCUAACUACCCUGCUGUUCUUGAGUUUGUGGCCAAUUUACCACCUGAUGUUGUGCCACUGACUAUCGAAGACUCGAAGGCAAAACAAGUGAAUGCAGAACAGAGAAAAAAGGAUUACUAUGAUCGUUUUCCAAGGAAAACCAUCUCUGGACUCUUUUGUUUUUCUGAGACUGGAAAGUGCAACAUAAUUUGUACCAUAAUGAAUAUCGACACAGACUAUUCUUGGUAUUUCUUUAGUUGCCUCAAGUGUACCAAAACUGCCUAUAAGAUUCCAAAGGUUGAAAAUGAGAUUGUCAAGAAAGGUAAGAAAGAAAUGUUUUGGUGUCCAACAUGUAAGGAAGACACUCCUAAGGUGAUACCAAGGUAUCUUUUAAACGUUGGAGUGAUGGAUAACACUGGGGACACUAAAUGUCUUAUCUUUGAUAAAAGUGCACAAGAGAUAAUCGGUGUGUCUGCAGCGGAUUUGCUGGAAGGGAAGUGGGAUGAGGUUUCAACCGUUUGGCUGGGUAAUGAAUCUGACAAUCUAGAUACUGUUGAAGAUUCUGACCAGCAGACUGACCAACGUAAUGACCUCUCUAUUGAUCAGGAAGGACUUGCUCUGACCAAUAGUAGUGAAACCACUGACCCUUUAGGUCCUACAUCAUCCACUCCUUCAUCUAAGCGUAGUAUGGAUGCUGUUUCUGAGGACAUUGAAGGUCAGGGUUCUACUACUAAAAAGGCAUGUGUCUCUUCCAUUCUUGGUGACAUUGAGAAGGAAGAGAUUGAAGGUGGCAAGAAUUAAGUUGUGCUGGCUGGGAAUAAUGUAGGGAGCUUGGUUGUAGCAAUUAGUUUUCUAUUUUUUUCUUUUGUUCAAGUUUCAAAACUUCUUUAUUUAUUUCCUUUAGCUAUUUGCUAUUUAGUUUUCAGAUAUUUUCAGAUCAAGCAAUAAAGUCUAAGCUUCUCC